AAUCACUCAACACCACAGUCGAUACUAAAUCUUCGAUAUGAACGCGUUGUGGUUCCUUGCUUUCCUUGCCGUGGCCGCGGCUGGCCCUAUGAGGUCACAGUUCGACCCCUUCGCGGACCAUGGAAACAGCGAUGAAAACCAUUUCGGCAGCGAAAUAUUCGACACGCGCCGUUUCUGGAACGAAAUGACAGCAGAACUACACAGGUUAGACGAAAUGAUGAACGAAUUCUACAAGAACUUCCCUGUGACGUCAUCCGAAUCCGGAGUCAAAGGCAACGAGUACAUUGUGACGGUGAACUUAAUUGGCUACGAUGAGGAAGAUAUCAAAGUGAAGGCUAAAGAAGGUGUUUUAAUGAUUCAGGCCGUGCACCAGACCAAUGACGGCAGUCAGAGUUCCUAUCUUGACUUAAAGACGCUGCCUUCUUACGUCAAUGUGAAUGGGAGCUGGACUUAUGACGCUGGAGUGCUGAGGAUCGUGUUCCCACUCAACAGCCAACCAGAUGGUGCCGCCACUGAGACCGCACCAGUCACAGAUGCCAGUAACAUUGAUGUCAGAGGUGAAGAACAUAGCAGGGAAGAAAUGGACAACUCUCAUCACGGAGAUGCAGAACAGGAUGCCGACGUUGGACUUGAAACAAGCAACAGAGACAAUGAAAUCCUUACAAACGUCAUUGCUAGAGAAAACACAGUAGAAGCCACAACAUACGCUGUGGAUUUAAAGAAUGAAGUGGAAUUUGUACCUGUAAAAUAUUAGGAUGUAAGUCGAAAAUAAGUUUAAAACUGUAAAUAAGUUAAUAAGUUAUUAUAUGAUGUGACACAAA